AUGGGUCACGAAGAUGCUGUCUACCUCGCCAAGCUCGCCGAGCAGGCUGAGCGCUACGAAGAAAUGGUCGAGAACAUGAAGGUCGUUGCCUCCGCUGAUGUAGAGCUCACCGUCGAGGAGCGGAAUCUCCUGUCUGUCGCCUACAAGAACGUCAUCGGUGCCCGUCGUGCGUCCUGGAGAAUCGUCACUUCCAUCGAACAAAAAGAAGAGUCCAAGGGCAACGAGUCCCAGGUCUCCCUCAUCAAGGAGUACCGUCAGAAGAUCGAGGCUGAGCUGGCCAAGAUCUGCGAUGAUAUCCUCGAGGUUCUCGACAAGCACCUGAUCCCCUCGGCCCAGAGCGGCGAGUCCAAGGUCUUCUACCACAAGAUGAAGGGUGACUACCACCGUUACCUUGCCGAGUUCGCCGUCGGCGACCGUCGCAAGGGUGCCGCCGAUGCUUCCCUUGAGGCCUACAAGGCCGCCACUGAGGUUGCCCAGACCGACCUUGCUCCCACCCACCCCAUCCGUCUCGGUCUCGCCCUGAACUUCUCCGUCUUCUACUACGAGAUCCUCAACUCCCCCGACCAGGCUUGCCACCUGGCCAAGCUCGCUUUCGACGAUGCUAUUGCUGAGCUCGACACCCUGAGCGAGGAGAGCUACAAGGACUCCACCCUGAUCAUGCAGCUCCUCAGAGACAACCUGACUCUGUGGACCUCGUCCGAGGCCGAGCCCGCCGCCGAGGCGAGCGCUCCUGCCGAGAAGAAGGAGGAGGCCCCCGCUGAGGGCGAGAAGCCCGCCGAGUAA